AUGGCGGCGGCGCUGAGGGCGCUGCUGGCGCUGCUCGGUGUGUCGGCCCAGGUGCGCUCCCUGCAGGUGUCCGUACCUGAGCCCCGCACCGUGGCCCUGACCUGUGUGUCGGCCCAGGUGCGCUCCCUGCAGGUGUCCGUACCUGAGCCCCGCACCGUGGCCCUGACCUGUGUGUCGGCGCAGGUGCGCUCCCUGCAGGUGUCCGUACCUGAGCCCCGCACCGUGGCCCUGCUCUUCCAGCCCGUCCUGCUGCGCUGCCACUUCCAGGUGAGCUCACCUGGCGGCCCCGCCCCCAUCGUCACCUGGAAGUACAAAUCCUUCUGCCCGGACACCUGGGCGGGGGCCGCGCCCGGCAGCGCCUGGGGGGACUCACCUGGCGAGGCCGCGGGGGCGUGUCCCGACUCCGCCCGCACCGUGCGCAUCGUGGCCACCAAGCAGGGCGAGCAGGUGACCCUGGGAGACUUCUACCUGGGCAGGGCCGUCACCAUCCGCGGAGCCGCAGAGCUCAGUCUCGGUCCCGCGGCGUGGGGGGACAGCGGGCUGUACCUGUGCACGGUGACCUCGACCAGCGACCUGCAGGGCAACAACGAGGCCGUGGCCGAGCUGGUGGUGCUGGGGUCUCUUCCCGAGGGCUCCCGGCUGCUGCCCGAGGGGACCCUGCCAGACUGGCUGUUCGUGGUGCUGGUGGCGCUGGGGGCGGGGCUGGUGGCGCUGGGGGCGGGGCUGUGCUGGUGCCAGUGCUGCCCCCACACCUGCUGCUGUUACCUGCGCUGCCCCUGCUGCCCGCGCACCUGCUGCUGCCCCGAGGCGCUUUACCUGGCCGGCAAAGCGGCGACGUCGGGCGGAGCCUUCGGCCCCUCCCCCCCCCCAGCGCUGCCCCUGCAGCUCCUCGGCAGCUCCCAGAGCUCCCAGGUGCCGCUGCUGAGGGACAGCGACAGCCCAGCCCCGUCGCUGCCCCCGCCCCUGGCCCUGCGUUACCUGGAGGAGCAGCUGCUGCACACCUGGGGAGGGGGCGGGGCCGGGGAGCGGCCCCCAGGCCCCGCCCUCAGUGACGUCACCUCCCUGCACGAGCCCCCCUGGGCCCCUCCCCCCCCCCCGCUCGCGCUCGGCCGAGAUUUUGGGGGAGGGGCCCCGGGGGGGGGAGGGGCGGCCCCCGGGGGGGGUCCCUGA